CCAGUCAACUCAACCCUAAUUUCUUCUCUUCCAUCCUUACUAUAUAAACCUCUCUUCACCCUGUUUCUUCUCUAGGGUUUCUAGUUUUUCAUUUCUGUACUUUCACGCCCACUACCACCAAACCUUCACCAAACCAGAGGUUAAAGAGGCAGCGCCUUUUUGCUGUCCGCCUUGACGCCAUCUUCGUCUUGGCCCUCAAUUUUGCUCUAUCAAAAACCCUAGAAAAAAACUCAAUUCUCAUCAAUGGCACCAAAACCAACCAAAGCCGAGAAGAAGCAAUCCUACGAUGCCAAGCUAUGCCAGCUUCUAGACGAGUUUUCUCAGAUUCUCAUUGUUAACGCUGACAAUGUUGGAUCUAAGCAGCUUCAGAAUAUUCGAAGCGGUCUACGUGGGGAUUCUGUAGUUCUUAUGGGGAAGAACACUAUGAUGAAGAGAUCUGUUAGGAUGCAUGCUGAGAAGACUGGGAACAAUGCUUUUAUCAACCUGAUUCCUCUCCUUGUUGGAAACGUUGGUUUGAUUUUCACCAAAGGAGAUUUGAAAGAGGUUAGCGAGGAAGUUGCCAAGUACAAGGUUGGAGCUCCUGCUCGUGUUGGUUUGGUUGCUCCCAUUGAUGUUGUUGUUCCACCAGGCAACACAGGGCUCGACCCAUCCCAAACCUCUUUCUUCCAGGUGCUCAACAUUCCCACAAAGAUUAACAAGGGUACUGUUGAAAUCAUUACACCUGUUGAACUAAUCAAGAAGGGAGACAAGGUUGGAUCUUCUGAAGCUGCAUUGCUUGCCAAGUUAGGCAUUAGGCCCUUUUCAUAUGGUCUGGUGGUCCUUUCUGUCUAUGACAAUGGCUCCGUGUUUAGCCCUGAGGUUUUGGAUCUUACUGAUGAUGACCUUGUUGCAAAGUUUGCUAUUGGUGUCUCAAUGGUUACCUCACUUUCAUUGGCCAUCUCAUACCCAACAUUGGCAGCUGCUCCACACAUGUUUGUGAAUGCCUACAAGAAUGUUCUUGCCAUUGCAGUGGCAACAGAAUAUUCCUACCCAGAGGCUGACGAGGUUAAGGAAUAUCUCAAGGAUCCAAGUAAGUUUGCUGUAGCUGCUGCUGCUGCUCCUGCCAAUAUAACUUAUGAUGCACCUGCUGCUGCCAAGGAGGAGAAGAAGGAGGAGCCUGAAGAAGAAUCUGAUGAAGACAUUGGUUUUGGUCUUUUUGAUGAGUAAACCCUUUAAAUUUAUGUGUAAUUCUUAUUUUGGUUUUGUUAGAUUUUCUGAGACAUUUCUUCAUUUUAGAAGUUAUGUAGUUUGCUUAUUUUGAGGUUUGUAUGUUACAUUAUGACUUCUUUGAUUAUGUUAUAUUUAAGUUUUGCUUAUAA